AAACCCAAACCGCUUCCUUCCCCUUUAGCAGAAAGGGUUCCCAGGGCCCCACCAAGUUGAGGCACACUGAGACACAGCUUGGAGGGGGACGAAGCCACUCGCCAUGGCUGCGGUGACACAGGCGCUGCCUCUUGCCUGCCUGCUGCUGCUGCUGCUGGGCAGUGCCCCGGGGACGUCGAGGCCCAAAAAAGCCGGCACCUAUUACUGUGUGAAGUUUCGCAAAAUAGCAACUGGUGAUGAGUUGUAUCGGCGUGGCAAUGGCACGGAGGUGGUGGUGCAGGCCAGACCCUCCAACCCCACUGUGUCCGGGCCCAGUGACCGCGUGGAGCCGGGGAAGAUGGCAUCCUUCACCUGCAAGUCUGGGGGGUUCUUCCCCAGUGAUAUCAGUGUGAAGUGGUUCAAGGACAGGACCCCGAUUCAGUCUCAGAUGCCCAGUGUUACCCCUGGGCCAUCAAAAUUCACCUACAACAUGUCCAGCACCGUGACGGUGACGCUGCAGAAGGACGACAUCCGCUCAGAGCUCACCUGCCAGGUGCGGCACACCACGCUGACGGCCCCGCUGAUGAGGAGUUACCAUCUGAGCCAGAUCCUGCGAGUUCCCCCCAAAGUGGUCCUGGAGCCUCCGGGCCCCGUGGGGCUGAACGAGACGGUGAGCUUCACCUGCGACGUGCAGGGCUUCUACCCGGGAAGCGUGACCGUCACCUGGCUGGAGAAUGGGAAGGAGAUGAACACGGGGAGCACCCCCGGGCCUAUUGAGACCCCCGAGGGCUUGUUCGAGCUGAGGAGCACGGUGUCAGUGCAAGCCGUGCCGGAGAAGAACGGCUCCGUGUUCACCUGCCGGGUGCUGCACGAGGGCCAGGAACUCCUGAGCAGGAAUGCCACGCUGUGGGUCGCCGCCUCAGGCCAGAAGGAAUCCAACUCCCCCUACACAAAUGGUGCCCAUCUCCUGUCCAGCCCCGGCCUGUGGCUCUGCAUGCCGCUUGAGAAGGCGAUCCUCGGCCUCGUGCUCUUCUUCCUCUUCAAGCGCUGGCAGGCCUGAAGAGAGGCCAGCGCGGCACAGCGAGGCCACCGAGACGGGAGAGACGCAGGAGAGCGUUGUCAGAGCUCCGUCACCUCCGAGCUGAGCGUGCCAGGCUCGGGAUGGUGGUGCUGCACGAGCAGACCCACUGCUUCUUUCAGGGGUCCUGCACCACCACCCCUGCUGCCUCCCCCCUCUGCCUGCUUGGUCCCCAGCAAGGCCCUGUCCUUUGGCAGCUCUCUGGACUGAGGGUCCCAGUCCCCCCCCACUGUCCCCAUCCCCUCGUUGCGCUGCUCCACACGUGGUUAUCACCAUAAAUACAAAUCCUUGGAAAAAGCA